GUCGACUCCAGAAGCAGGAACUCCCGGGGGCCCUGAGGGUGAGGGAGGCCCCCCGGCUCCGGCCCCGAACCUCACCAGCAACAGACGACUGCAGCAGACACAAGCACAGGUGGACGAGGUGGUGGACAUCAUGCGUGUGAACGUGGACAAAGUCCUGGAGAGAGAUCAGAAGCUGUCGGAGCUGGACGACCGGGCCGACGCCCUGCAGGCCGGAGCCUCGCAGUUUGAGAGCAGCGCCGCCAAACUCAAGAACAAAUACUGGUGGAAAAACUGCAAG